AUGCUAUCAAUUCAGAGCACUCAGUCACAUUCAAGUUCAAAUGGCGUCCAGUAUCAACUCCACGAGUGUGCCCUCUGGCAUGCUGCCAUCGGUGAUCAACUUAGUGCCCAUAUCUUCUGGUGGGUUUCACCCAAACCUCGUAUCCUUCUUCUUGAACGCGCUCUUUGCGAUACCAGACCUGGGUAUUGGGAGCCACCCGGUGGGGCUGCCGAACAUCAGGACGAAACACCGGGAGAUGCCCUAAAGCGAGAGGUUGGGGAAGAGACUGGGUUGCAACUGUCCCAAGUCACUCAUACGCUCCCGACUCAAACCUGGACGCGGCCAAAGGGACGCGAAGACUACAAUUGGGUUGGCCUUCCAUGUAUCAUCAAGGUCUCUGAGCUUGAAACUUUUGAAUCACGCGGAAGUAGCCAACGUGCGUCUGAGCCUGUACUGAAAUGGGAGGACAUUAUACGACUGAAUCCUGAGGAGCACCAAAAUUUUGCAUGGGCAACAGAGAAUAAGGUGCGACGCGACAAGUAUAAGAUGUUUGGAAAUCACAAGGAGACUGCCCUCAAGGCUUUUGCAGCAGUGACAGAGAACUGCUCAGUCUAA